AACCUUUUCACAUCCUUUCCGCUCCCCCACUUUUUGUCCGUCACACUCAUAGCUAUUCUCACUUCCUGUUUCUCUCCUCGACCCCACGUUGGUUUUUCCAUUUGAACGUUACCGCAUAUCUCUCUAUCUAUCACUCACUCUCUCUCUUUUUCUGUCUUUUUUUAUUUGUCUUUCUUUCUUCUGUAAACUAGGCUCUGAAUCAGAAACGUUCACCCUGUAGAUCAAAUCUAUUCAUCACAUACAUACAUUCACACACACACACACACAUAUAUAUAUACAUACAUAUAUAUAUGUACAAUUUAUAGCAAAGCAUAUUUCAUGGAUGAUUAUAAAACUUGCUUGCGGUAGACAUUUCGGUUUCUGGUAUCAAUUUCUUCCAAUGCAAGUUACAUGGUAAUAUAUGACAGAGGAAGCAACAAAAUACCAAUGAACGGUUUUUCAAUGAGAAUAGUUUAAAAUCUUGCAAGAUGUUGUGAGAUCUAUUCAUUGAACCAUUUUGUCAUGAGGAACAGUAAAUAUUGUUGAAAAAAUCUUUUUGGAAAAUCUUGUAAAUAACUUGGUCAAGCACCCUACAAGAUGGAAGUCACUGAAAACUCGCAGCAGAAAUCUUAUGGUAUUAGUGCUUCUGUCACAAUAUUAAGACCAAAAUCACCCACUAAAUCAAUAUGUGACAAAAAUUUUAUAACAUUUAUGGAAACGAAUCUCAAUGAGUCCUUCAGUAAUGAAGAAUCGGGGAACUCGUGGGAAGAGAUAUUGUGUGCUUUCUCUGCUCCUUUUCUCUUUCGUUCACCAAAUGGCUCAUUUCUUCCCAAUGUUAACAUGCAGAUGUACUGGUGUAACUUCUGUCGAUUUAAAUGCCAAGAAAAACAGAAGAUGAUUGAACAUUCUCAAACCCAUCGCUUCAAGUGCAACUACUGUGAUAAGGAGAGUUAUCUACGUAAAGACAUCAUCAAACACUCGAUGAAGGUUCAUAAUGAGUACAACCAAAUUAGACAAGCCCUUAAGUCAUGUGCCCUUUUGGAUGACUACCUAGCACAAAAAGAGAUGACCUUGAAGGAACAAAGUGAUGACUUUGACAAAAUAACUACAAAUGAGCAUAAUUAUUUUGCAACUUACAAUAUCAGCAAAGUAACAUCGACAGAGCCUUGUCAGUCAUCGGUAGAUGGUGACAAUUCAACUAAAGAAUGUGAAGAUAUUGAUAAUAUAACUCCGAGUAUUUUGGAAAUGCCCAGUAAUUCUCUGAUUUCAGAAACAACUGAGCAAAAAUCACUUUCUUAUGAUCCUACAAAGGAACAAAAUCUUACUUUAGAAUUAAAUUCUGGUGCUAGUCAGUCAGUGUCUGUAGUUGUGGAUAGCUAUAUAAAUUCCACUAUGAAUCUUGUGAAAGCUGAUGAUGCAAACAACACUGCUUCUAAAUCACAACCCAGCUCGGCCAGUGACUUAAAAGCAUCUGAUACAUAUUCAGGGCCCCUAAUUGUGUCAGUUCAGAGUUUGCAUCCUGAUAGUGCAGAUAAAUCCAACAGUAGUAUAUCUCAUACGGAGGUUAGUACAACAGACUUAAACACCCCAACAAAGCGAAAAAGAGAAGGUCCAUCGGACAGUGAUAGUUAUCCAGAGGAUGAGGAUAUUGAUCCUGAUUAUGAUCCUGAAGAAUAUAAACCAAAUCGCAGAAUAAGUAAAAGAAGGUUAUCAGAAAGAUUGAAAACCUCAGGUAAAUCCAAAUAUUCAGGUACUCCUGUCACUAACCUUCCUCCUGGUACAAAGUUUUGGCGUUGUAGAUACUGUAAGUGUAGAUCAAGUAAAAUUGAAAAGAUUGUUAUGCAUUUGAAAGCUAAACAUAGCAACAAACCCUUACGUUUUAUAUCCCAUAUUGUUGGGAAAAAUGGUCAAAUAACUGAACUUCCAGAAAAGUCUCUGAAUGAAUCUACAACACCUACAACACCUAAAACCGAACCCACACCAGUAGAGAAUAAGGUAAAACCAAGCAUCUCUGAGACUAAAACUAUAGACCUUGAUGACAAGAAGGAGGACAAACAAUAUUUAUGCUUUUUCUGUGACACACUGUUUAGCAAUAUGAAUGAGGUCCGACAACACAUGUUUAAAGUACACCCCAGCCGAAAGUUUUACUGCAUAGAUACUGCUCUAAAGGAGCAAAACAAAGAAUACCAUACUUUCUUCUGUUGUCGCCACAAAUGCAACUUUGUAAAUGUCGAUCCUGAAGAGUAUGUGAGUCAUGUAGAGAAAUGCACUCCCAUUCCUUCAGUUGAAGUAGAUCCGGGGACAAAACCCACCGGUUUGCAACAAACGGUUUUAUUUGCCAAGAAACUGAUUAGUCAAAAAGAUUCUAAAUCUAAUCAUUCAAAAAAAAAACACAGUCAUUCCAAAGACAAAGACACUGGUUCAAAAAAGACAGAUAACAGUAAGUUGACGACUAAAGACACACUCUAUAGUUGUCAUAGUUGUGAUUUCUCGGCAUUAGGUAAUACAUCGAUAAAAUCACAUAUAUUAUCUAAACACCCAGAUCUCGCAUUGAGUGCUUUGGUGAAGAAAGAGAACAACUCAUUAGAAUUUUACUUCUUUUGUUCUAAAUUAGAUUGUGAUUUUGUAGCUCAGCAAAAAAGUGAGCUGAUAAAACACAGUAAGGAAAAGCAUGGUGAAGAAAUGCUAGCUGUUGAUAGUAAAGAUAUUGAUGUAAAACCAAAGAUAACGGCCAUCAAAACUGAAGAUUCCAUUAAAAAGAGCAAUGUAACAUAUAUGCCAGCUUACGAGUGCCUAUACUGCGAGUCUUCCUGUAUCUCUACUUCAUUAACUAACAUGAAACGUCAUGUGCAGGAGGCUCACCCUUCAGAAACAAUUGUAGUGCGUGAUUGUAUCGCAUAUAAAUGCAAACGUCCUUCCCGCAUAUAUGUCUGUGACAACACUGGAUGCAUUUUCAAUGAUCUGGACUAUAAGCAAUAUCUGAUCCACGUUUCAGCACACAAGGACGGUGUGUUGUAUGAGUGUUUGUCAUGUCCAACUUGGGCCAGCCAAGACAAAGAUGCUUUUGUAAAGCAUGUUAAGAAAGAAUCGAAUAAAAAACACAGCCUAGCUGAACUGCAGACUUCUAUGAAGCCUGAUGGCUCUAUCGUAUUGAAAAAAGCAGAUGGUACUACUAUUGAACAGUCUGUGAGAAUUACAGAAGCUUCUAAACCAUCUGCAAAUUAAAAAACAAAAGCAUAGAAACAAACAUUUUUUCUAAAUCACAUUAACUCUUUGAAAUAGUAAAUCUUUAACUUCAUUCUUCAUAAUAUUUAGUAUGUGGUUCUACAUACUGUUUCUCUUAUAUUUGUACAAUAAACUUACUUGGUAUUCAUUCAGUUGCCAAACAAUA